GGCGCUGCGGCAAAAAAUCCAGCUAGCGCACUUGACACACUAGGCAUCCCUAGGCUUUACGCCUCCGUGCCUUGUCUAGCCCUUGUCUAGCCUAGCCUAGCUACCCGAACAAUCAAGACGCUUAGUUUUGGUGAUGACGGCCCUUUACGUAUUGCCGCGCGAUGUUCUGGCGCGAUGCCUAGAGUUUUUGCCCUUUGAUCAAGCCCUGGAGGUAAAACAGGUCUCAAAAGUAGUGAGGUCCGCGGCGCGGCGGGCUCUGACUGGCCGGUGGCGGUCGAUAAUGUUCGUGGAAGAGCAGGGCCUCGACCUGAUUGAAAAUUCAACGCCAAGCGAAUGGUCCGAGCCUCGACGAGUCGAGGUGCGCCGGGCGCUGGCGACGUUUCGGGCUGCGUGGGAGCUCGACGCCGGCCUGGUCGUCUUUGAGAUUGCCCAGUGGUCCGACGAGUGUUAUAGGCGCUUUCUCGCGCUCGUCGAGCCAAACAUCGAUGGUUUGUCGAGGGUCGUCGCCGCCUGCGAACGCACCUACUGCUUCAAGACUAACUCUAUCGCCAAUACUUACCGCGGGAUUCACGUCCCCUACCGCGUCGCUUGGCCCGGGGACAUGUUGCUCGCGUGGUCAGAACGCGUAGGCCGCCAGCUGAGGCUCCUCGUGGACGACGAUAUGGACGAGGAGCUCGUCGAGCAGGGCCUCUAUAUCAAGGAUUCGGACGAAGGAGGAUAUUGGGGGCGCAAAUUAUUUGGUUCGGGGCUGGGGGAGUGGGCGGAUCCGGAACUCGCUGCGUAUUUCGUUUUCCAUCUCGUGGAGCGCUUGCCGGAGCCUACCGGCUUCGAAUUCGUUGAUUUCGAUGAUUACUGGGACUGGUCGGCCAACUGGUGGGAUCGAUACAAGUCGUCCGAUUUCCUGAGUACUGCGCAGGAGAUUAUAGCCCGCGAGAGUCAGUGGCCAUAGAGCCUCCCCGCAUAAGGCAGUUAGUUAGUUGGCUUAAAC